AAUAUACCCUUCAAAAAUUAUAUACAAAAGUCCAUCCUGUGACCUUUGACAUCUCAAGAUGGCGCUACGCGAGGGAAAAUUGUCAACAUACCUGUUCUUUGUUUAUUUGGCUUUUAUGUUCUCACAUCUUGCUCUAGAUGUCCAUGGUGCCAAUGAAUGUGUAGAGAAGCCAUUUCCUGGCCAGUCGUUUGUAUGCGUCUGCAAUUCCACGUACUGUGAUGGUAUUGAGCCUAACACCAGGGUACAACUUCCUCAGUUUAACCUGUACAGAUCUUCUAAAGCAAAGGAGAGGUUCAGUAAGAAAAUACUAACAUUUACAAAGACAGUGCCUCAAACAAAAAACAUCUGGGUGGUCAACAGGAAUGUGUCAUACCAGAAGAUAAAAGGCUUUGGUGGUGCCUUCACUGAUGCUGCCACUAUCAACAUCAUGAGCCUGUCCAAACUGACACAAGACAAGCUUAUUGCUGCUUACUUCAGUCCCAAAGAAGGAAUUGAGUACACCAUUGGAAGAGUUCCCAUGGCAGGAUGUGACUUUUCCACUAGAGAGUAUACCUAUGCUGACACACCUCAGGAUUUCCAGAUGGACAAGUUUGCUCUGACUGAGGAAGACCUGGAGUACAAGAUUCCAGUCAUCAAGCGUGCCCUAUCCAUGAGUUCCAGGAACAUUUCUUUAUUUGGGAGCCCAUGGAGUGCACCUGCUUGGAUGAAAACUGAUGACAGCCUCACUGGAAAGGGGACUCUGAUUGGCCAGGCUGGAGACAAGUACCACAGGGCAUGGGCACUGUACUUUGCAAAAUUUCUGGAGGAAUACAAGAAGCAAGGUUUGGAGUUCUGGGGCCUGACAGCUCAGAAUGAACCAGCAGAUGGCAUGAUCACAAAGUUUUCCUUCAACUGUAUGGGCUGGACUGCAGAAAGCCAGCGUGACUGGAUAGCAGCAGACCUGGGGCCCACACUAGAGGAGAGAGGACAUGGGGACGUCAGUCUCAUGAUGCUGGAUGAUAACAGGAUCUGGCUACCUGCCUGGGCUGACACUGUAUUACAGAAUGCCACAGCUGCCAAGUAUGUGAAAGGUGUGGGAGUUCACUGGUACCUGAACUCCCUUGUCCCACCACUGACUCUCAGUGCUACCCAUGAGCGCCACCCUGACUACUUCAUCUUGGCCACAGAGGCCUGUAGUGGGUCCUUCCCCUGGGGCAGACAUGUCCUCCUGGGGAGUUGGGACAGGGGAGAGGACUACACACACGACAUCAUCCAGAAUCUGAAGAACUGGGUUGUAGGCUGGGUGGACUGGAAUUUGGCCCUAAAUGGCACUGGUGGGCCAAACUGGGCCAACAACUUUGUGGAUGCUCCCAUCAUUGUAAACUCAGGCAAAGAUGAAUUCUACAAGCAACCCAUGUACUACCACCUAGGACAUUUCAGGUAG